AUGUUCACUCCAGCAAGGCGGCGCUGUGUCAGCGCGCUCAAGAACUCCCGUUCCGCAGAGACCACUAUCCCGGCAUUCCUCGUCCCAGCUUUCCACCAGCAAUCAUCGUCCUUCUCCACCUCGUCGCCAUGCCAGUCGAAGAUCGGUAGCGCUCCGCUGUCGUUGCCUCCGGAUGUUAACUUUCACAUUAUCGAAGCCCCGGUCCAAAAGAAGGGUGCCAGAGUCAGUCGUAACCAAGAAGGCGCCACAGUUCACAUUGAGGGCCCCCUCGGCAAGCUGUCUCUGCCCUUGCCUGCAUACAUGAACAUUAUCUCGGACGAAGCAAAGCGCACAUACAGCCUGAGCGUUCUGGAUCAGGAGGAGAGAAAGCAAAGGGAGAUGUGGGGAACCUGCCGCGCAUAUCUGCAAAAUCACAUCUUGGGCGUCAGUGAAGGUCAUUCUGCCAUUCUUCGUCUUGUUGGUGUUGGUUACCGUGCGACCGUCGAGAAGUCGGCCGUCACAAAACAGCCCGAGUACCCUGGCCAGGAGUUCGUGUCUCUCAAAGUCGGCUAUUCACAUCCCAUUGAGCUUGGCGUACCCAAAGGCGUCAAGGCGAGCACUCCUCAGCCUACACGUAUUCUUCUUGAAGGUGUUGAGAAGGAGGUAGUGAAGCAAUUCGCUGCUGAGAUCCGUCAAUGGAGAGUACCCGAGCCCUACAAGGGCAAGGGUAUCUUUGUCAACGACGAGACGAUCAAACUGAAGGCAAAGAAGAUCAAAUAG